AUGGCCCAGAUGGCCCAGGCCGUAGUUCCGCCUAUGAAAACCCAUCAGAUAUCGGAGACUACGGAAAAAAAUAGCGAUUCGUCAACUUUUAAAAACUCAAAUUUUUACGAAAAAAUUAUUAAAAAAGAACUGUCCAUUCCCGAAGAUUCAGUUCUUCCAGAAGCGAGUGACUUUAAACUGCCAUAUAUAAUUGUGGGAGAUGAAGCGUUUGGUUUAAGUCAUAAUAUAAUACGUCCUGCCGGAAAAAAUUUACCAUUUAAGAAAAGAGUGUUUAACUAUAGGCUUUCAGUAGCUCGUCGGUUUAUCGAGUGUGCUUUUGGUAUUAUGUCUAAUAAAUGGAGAAUAUUUCAUAGGCCAUUAAAUGUAUCCAAACCAUUCGCUGAAAAUAUUAUAAAAGCAUGUGUACUUUUACACAAUUUUGUUCGUGUUCGAGAUAGUAAUUCAUUAAGGUUUGAAGACACAUAA